AUGGCGGGUCUAUCGACGCAGGUAGCAAAAUUGGGGCUCCUUCCUAAGCGGCCUGUGUCACUGUUGCCUCAGCAGCAGGAUCCAACGAAGCAGCGUAGUGACGAUGAAGAUGAAGAGCUGGAUUAUGUCGAAAAUCCGUUUGAGGAAGGACGGAAUUGA